AUGAUACCCUUUAUAAUACCCCUACUAGCUGAAUUUGCCAUAUCAGUCACGGCAACGGCAGCAGGAACGGCAGCCUGCACAAACAUCACGACCCAAUUAGGCUCAUCCAAAGUCAACACUAACCAACUGAGCCUGGAUUACACCGAAAGCCUCGAAUACUGGAACACAAUUCAAGACAGCUAUAAACCAACUUGCAUCGUCUUCCCCAGCUCUGCUCAAGAUGUAUCCAUAUGUCUACAAGCAAUCCGUGCCGCAGGAAGUCGCUUCGCAAUCAAAGCCGGCGGUCAUAACCCCAACACAUUCUAUUCAUCCGUCGAGGCAGGCGUUCUCCUAGACCUAAACAGCAUGACCGCCAAAUCCUACGACACAGAAACCACCCUGGCAACAUACGAACCAGGCGGCGUCUUCGGCGACAUAUACGAAUACUUCGCACAGUGGAACCGCACAGUCGUCGGGGCCCGCCUAGCAGGCGUAGGAACAGGUCUCGCCCUAGGCGGCGGAAUGAGCUACCUAUCACCCCAAUACGGACUCGCCUGUGAUUCUUUCCGCGAACUAGAAAUCGUCCUUCCAGACGGGCAAAUCGUCACAGCAUCCAACGAGACAAACGCUGAUCUAUUCUUCGCCUCACGAGGCGGUGGCGGAAAUGCGUACGGCGUUGUAACGAAAUACACAGUCCAGAGCCGGCCGAUCGGCGAGUUCUGGGCUGGUAAUCUGAUCUACGUAUUCGAGCAGCGGGAUGCCGUGAUUGAGGCCAUUGGGAACUUCAUCAUCUACAAUACCGACCCUAAGGCUGCUAUUAUUGGUACUUAUGAGAAACUGCCAACACCGGAUUUGAAUCUUAAUCUUGACGAGGCGAUUAUCAUGUUCCUUGUUUAUGAUGGGUCGGAUCCGGGUGACGCGUUUAAGAAUUUCACGGAUAUUACUGCUUUGCUCGAUACGACGGGUAUAAAGAGUUAUAACGAUGUUGUCAAUAUGCCUAUUCCGAUGUCGACGGAGAUCUCGCGCGGUGCGAAUAUGUUCCGCGUUGGAGUUCAUCGCCCGGGGAACAAUUCCUACGAGAACGCGCUUGAUACGUGGCGUGAGUGGGCGGAGGAGAAUAAGGGGAGCUAUGAGCUUCUUUCUUUGGAUUUUCAGCCCGUUCCGAAGAGUCUUACGGAUGCGAGUAAGGCGCAGGGUGGGAAUGCGAUGCAGAUGCCCGACGGGCCGUAUUUCUGGUUGAACUAUUUGAUUACGACGCCGCCUGGGAUGAGUGAGGUUGAUUAUGAUACUGUGCAGGCUAGUUAUCGGGAUAUGGUUAAGGGCACCGGGAAUGCGGAGGGGUUGCCUUUGUUUAUCAAUGAUGCGAGUUAUGAUCAGAAUCCAUUGCAGACUUUUUCGACAUUUGAAAAGUUGCAGGGGAUUAAGAAGAAGUAUGAUCCAGAUAACUUUUUUGUGGAUUAUACUGGAGGGUGGUCAUUUGCUUAG